UUUUCAUACUCUGUUCAUUUGGAAGGAAGGAAACAGAUCUCUAUUGUUUAGUUUAAUCUUGUAUUAUAUAAUAUAUAUAGAUGUCUUAAAAAUAGAGCUCUGGACAUUAAUGUAGACUUUGUAAAGCUUUUAAAGCAGUGAAAAAAACGAGAAAUAUAAAAAUUAUGUCGUUGAAAGCUUAUGAAGAUGCCUGCACUAGAGCUGAGUUGUUUGGUCAACCAGUACCAGACAAGGAAGAGUUUUUGGAGAAACAUAAACAUUUAGAUGUGGUUGAAUUUGAAGAAGUGGAAAUUAAGACAGCCGAGAAUACGGCGAUAUUAGAUGAUCAAAUGAAAGAAGCCAGUGGGGGUUUAAGCGAAUUAAAUACGAUUUUGGGUUCAACGCAAACGAAGUUAAAUAAAUUAAAGGGUGUAUGUGGCAGUCUCACAAAUUUCUUCCGUCUGAAAUUAUCGGCUCGAGAUAAUUUGUCAUAUUCCAGUGAACCUAGUUACGUAGGUCAAACUAAUUAUGACAAAGACUACAUACCAUCAACUACCGAAAUAAGCUCUAUAAACGAGGGUCUUGGUCCUAACGACAACGAAAUGUCAUUACGCGCGAAACCAAAUCAAGAUGGCAGUCUAAGCGCGGAAAAAUCGGCGCAAGAUGGCGGCGACAUCAACUCUGCGCUUGAAGAUUUGAAAGAAAUGCAAACGGCUGAGGAUACUUCGUUGUUGAGCAAGGCGGCAUUUGCAGAUGUAGGUAAGCAGAUGACGUCACAAAUGAGUAAGUUAGAUCAAAUGAUUUCCCAAGCGGACAGAGCGCAGACAUCUUUGAAUCAGCAGAACAAACAAAUGAGGUCUUUUCUUCGAUAAAAUAGAAUGUUUUUAAAUGUUACGCCACUUUGCUCAAGUUUUGCCAUAGCAGUAAUUGUAGUGCUGCCUUGAGUUCGAAGUUAUAUACAUAUAAUUUGACAAUAUGUAAAGUGCUUAAAAUUAUAAAAUAAUCAGAUAAUCUAUUGAACGAAUAUUAAUAAUCAAAAAUGUUUUAAAAAUGCUUGGAAAUCCAUUCCGAAGUAAUCUGUGUGGUAGAGACCUGUUGCACUAAAACGGCUUACUAAUUAAGGUAAUAAUUCUUUAAAUUAUUAAUUUAUUUGAUACAUAUAAGAAUGCCAGUUAUUAAGACAAUGCAUGACUGCGGUUCACGAGCCAUAAGUUCGAAUCUCAGCCAGAUCUUUGAUGAUUUUUAAAAAUUAUAUUCGAAUGAUUUGAUUUGAUUGUAACUCGCUUCGUGUUUCAGAGUAGGCAUGAAUAAUAUCCGUACCGCUUCAAUAUCUAUGUAUUGGGUUUAAUAAAUAUCUAUUUAAAUUGAUAGCGGAAAAAAUCAUCUCCCAUUUCGAUAUCGCCUGUACCAGUCGGAUAUCUCUAUUCAUUUCAAUCUGGUGUUUCAUUUCAAUAUUAUAUAUUGGACAACCGAUAUAUAAGAUAUCUAAUAUUUUGCAAAUAUACAGAUAUUGUAACUAUAAUAUUUAGAUAUUGCUGUCCCAUGCCUACUUUAGAGAACACGUAAAGCCGUCAUCUGGUAAGGUAAGUGGGAGGCCUUUAUGUGUAACGAAGAUAGUGGUGUGAUUUUAAUGUAUAGACAAUAGAGGGCGUCAUCCUCACGUAUAGUAAUUAGUAGUAGUGUCUGAUAGCAAACUAUUAAAAUUUGCUCUAUGGAAGAUGUUGAGAAAGAAGUCGGUACUUAUAUAAACUUAAUAAUAAUCGAUCUUAUGAAUAUAUUAUAAUUAAUUAUCAAUACCUUUACAAGGCCAUUAAUAAAUCACAGUUUAGCUAAUAAAAAUGUUCAAUAGGUAAGAUUAAAAUGUUUAUUCAAUUUAAAUAAAAUACAUUUUAAUAUAUAAUAAUGCUUGUUCGUCACCUUUGGGGCAUAAAAAAUUAAGCUUAAGUGUAAAGUAUACAGCGUCUUUAUAAGUAUCUUGUAGAAAAAUACAAUCAACAUACAUAUUAUAACAUAAUAAAUAUCAAAAUAAACUUAGAUCUAUCUAAAAAGAAAAUAAAAAAAAAUAAAAAAUUGAUUAUUCUGUUAGUGUUUAUAAAAAAGAAACGAGUAAGUAUUGACGAAUAAGGAGCACAAAAUAAUAUUAAGUUGCAUUAAAGAUACGUGAUGAUAAUGAUAUUAUUUGUGUAGUGUUAGAUAUUUUUUUUAAUGAUUGAUAAUGGAAUGGUUACCGCGCCUGCGCUAACGGUAUACGCUGGCGGGCCACCAGUGAAGGGUGAUAGGUAAGGAAAUAAAAGGCAGGUCAGUUAGUCCACCUUGAUGAAUAUACCUGGAAUUCAGCACGAUGGUUUCCAGGGGGGACCAUGUGGAAGUCGACUUGAUAGGUUAUAUUGCUAGCAAUGGGACUGGUAAUCCUUAUUACUAACAAUCCCUUUUCCACGAGUAUCAGAUAUUAGUUCAAAAUCAUCUUCAUACACUAACAUUAUAAAAAAAAAAUUAAAGCAAAACCUAACACAGUUGAAGAGUUAAUUCGAAAACAUUAUUACUAGUACGCUAAAAUUUCUUCAUGAAUUUUUUUUCAUUUAUAUUUUUAAAUUUUUAAAUUGAAUAAAUAAAUAAAAUGUCUAUCUAUAUAUCUAUGACGUAUUUGCUUGGUCCAAUCACAGAUGAGUAAAAGGUUUGGAGUUUGAAGAAAAACAUGACAAGUUAAUUCAAAUAAAUCUGAAAUACACACUAUUGUUGAGGUUUUAAAUGUAGACUGCCCAAAACGCUUUGUGUUGAAGCAUUAAAAAAACACAAAAAAAAAAAAAAAAAACUAUAACUGUAUUACCUUCUGCUAGUGCCAUAUGCAUUUUAUAAUAAGGUUCAUGUUGUUAGAGUGAUUUUCAUUAAAUCUAUCUCUUUAUAGCUUUAAUCAAUUUUUUUUGUUUGCCUUUAACACAUGAGAACGAAGGAGUAUCCAUUUAAGCUAUGAGAGGAUGUGAUAAAUGUUAUAUUAUUUAUUUGAUCUCUGAUAAUUGUAGUUGUUCAUGUCCACAUGCGAUAAUUGUCACAUCAUUUGUAUAGAUAAUAAAAUAAGUGUCACAAAAAGCCCAUGAUUAUAAGUAUCACAAUAAUAUGGUAUAUAGGUAUACAUUUUUUUUGCGUAUCUAAGAGAAAUUGCUUGAAUAGUUACAUAAACUGGCAUUCACGUAAUUUGACGCUAGUCAUAAUUAUACUUAAUUAACGAAUAGGAUAACUUUGGUGCUUUGAAUAAAAUUAUAUUAUAGUGUAAAAUACAUUUCGAAGAAUGAUGUAUGUGUUACUUAGUGACAAUAUUAUGAUAUUAAUUCGUUAUCUCUUCUAAGAAAUUUAUUUAUAACACUCUCUUAGAUUAAGUAACAUUAGUAACCUUCGGUAUUUAUUGAUUGGGCAUUGUGAAUAUUCAGAUAAUAUAGGUGGCUCAGAUUAAUAAUUGCGUCUCCAAUCGUUAAUCUAAAAUAGGUGCCAAGUUUCUGAAGGAUUUUAAUGAGACACUUUGCAAUAAUCGUAAGAUGAAAUAGUCUGAUAAUAUAAUACACUUGAAAUACUUUAAUUGUCACUUAUGUACUGUGACUAUCUAAAUUCAGGAGAUUUUCUGCUAUCAAAUGUAUUUAAUUUUAUACUAUAUUUUCCACUUAAAUUCAAACAAAAAAUACCACGAUUUCAAUUAUACUUACAUUAUAAGUAAUAUUUAUAUAAUAGUGCGCCACUUACCCUUUGUCUUUUUCUCAAUGUUCUCUACCCAAAGGUUGUCUGGAAGAGAUUGCUUGGCGAUAAGGCCGCCUUUUGUAUCACUUCUCAUUAAUAUUAACUGUAUUUGUUAUUUCUCUUUUUACUUGGUGCAAUAAAGUGUAAAUAAAUAAAUAUAAGUAUUUAUUAUUGAAAAUCGUUGCUUUAUAGGCAGUUUUGAAACCUAAGUUGAGUGGGAAAGAGAAUCGAUGAUAAUCUUCCUUUGCUAUCUAAGUCUUUAAGAUUAUUUUUCAGGUAGGCCUGAUCACUUAUAUCUGGGCCCGCACAUGUACUCUCAAACUUGUUUUUGACAAAGCUGAAAGCUCUCAUCCUGGUGUAGGUAAAACUCACUUAGCUCUCUCUUAAAUACGCCUAUGUACCUAGGCAAAAUCAGGCAAGACAUUAGUAUUCGUUAGCUUUUUGAUGUCAUAAUUUCGAAAUUGGAGAUAACAAAAUAAAAUACUCAAUGAAAUACAUUAAUAUUAAAGAGUGUUACAUUUAAAUUACCUAAUUAUUAUACCGUUAUAUAUUCUUAUUAUAUACUCUACCUUUAAAUCUAUUUCCUUAUAUAGAUUUUUUCAACUAUCCAAAUAUUCAAUGUUGUCGCUUGUUCUUCCAUAUUGUACACCUUAUCUUGUAUAAAAUGCCUCUACAUUUGAUGAAUAUAGAAAUGUGAUAACUAUAAAUAUUUUGGUGUUAAAAAAGUAUUUAUAUUUUGUGAGUUUCAGCAGUGUAUAUUGUUGAAUAA